AUGCCUUCUCUCGACUCUCUGCCUGUCCCGCUUCUCCUCGAACUCGCUUCCCACCUCGAAGACCGCGAAGAGUUCCCGAGCCCGUGGAAUCGCUUUACACAGAAUUGCGUGGCGCCGGCCGUCUCCGCCUCCAAGGCGCUGAUUUCGCUGUCCAGCACUUGCAAGAGGUUGCGCGAGGUCUUCGAGGAGAAGGUCUUCGGCUGCCUCAGCGUGGGAGAGAUGGUGGAGGACGUGAUUGCGACGAGCGCAAUCCUCGAGGUCGCUCCUCUCCUCCCAAAGGGCAUCGAAGCUCUGGCCGAGUGCAUGAAGAACAUGGUGCACCUCGAGAAGAUCGUCUGGGCGUCCUCGCUUCCCCUCCCUCCGCUCUUCGUAACCGUCCUCAAGAAGCUCGACUGCUUUCACGCCCUCGACUUCGAGGCCGGCUGCGUCGAGUCGCACCCGCACAUCCUGCCUCUUGUUGACAAGCUCACCGACGUCGACUUCGAGUCCGAGAUCCUCCCCAGUCUUCCCGCCGCUAGCAUCAAGCUCUGUCCGGUCACCGUCGCCUCGCGCAGGAGGAGCAAGAAGAAGUGGGAUGAGCGCAACCUGCCAACUCCGCAAGAACAGACCGACGCCUUCGUCAAGGGUCUCGCCGCCUACCUGCCUCUCGCAGCCGACACGCUGGAGUCGCUCAUGAUUAACGGCGCCGGUAUUGCGCCCGACGUUGAAGAUCCCGGCUACCUCCGCGACCCAGCCGCCAACUGGUUCCACAACUUGUUCGAUACGAUGGCGGGAACGACGCAGCAGCGCAUCUACCUGGACUUCCCUCGCCUCACUCGUCUCUGCAUCAAGGUCGCCAAGGUCGACUGCGUCGCCAUAACCCACCUCCUCAAGGCGCGCGCGGAGAGCUUCACCCACCUCCAGCUCGACGGGAACGACCGCAAGACGUACGCCUCGCCGCCUCGCGCUUUCCCCCGCCUCGAGUACUUCUGCACGAUCUUUUACGAUGAGGUCAAGGUCGCCAAGUUCGUCAAGAAGGUCGUCGCAAGUCCGAAGCUCGCCUACCUCAACCUGAACGGCCUUCGUCCCGACGAGGUUGGGCAGAUCUUCGGGUCGACGAUGGCCUGCCGCGAGACGCUUCGCGAGCUCAAUCUGCAGAGCCUCCAAACCGAAGGGCUUCGUGUCGGCCAGAUGAACCUCGUCGCGAGGAGUUGCCCGAACCUCGAGGUCCUCAAGCUCAGGGCGACUUGGGCAGGCGAAGCCAUUGACUUCCUCCACGCCCUCAAGCCGCUCAAGAAGCUUCGCUUCCUCCUCUUCGACCACCCGUGGGAGAAAGGACGCGACUGGCCGUUCCCCGACCCUGACGGGCGCACCAUCCGCUCCGAGCGCGACGGAGACUUCCGUAUCGUUAGCUGUUUCGGGACGUCAAUGGAAGUCGAGAUCAGGCGCAGGAUCCUCGAGGACAUCGCCGCCGUCCGCCCGAUGUACAAGUCUCGUUUCCUCGCCUUCGCAUCCGACCACCCGCGCCUCGUCUUUGUCGACUGGCACGCCACCGAGGCGGUACAGUGGCACUGGCGCUUCAAGCGUGUCGGUGACAAGGUGGAAGUCGAGAGCGACAAGGCUCACGUGUCGUACGAGGAGGAAGCUGCGGCGGAGAGGCAGCAAGGAGGCGCAGGAGCGGGAGGGCAGGGCUGGGGAGGGGUGUUCAUGCGCUUGCCGAGGAACGCUUGA